CCCCCCGUGCCCGCCAUGGCCCGCUCCCGCACCGUGCUGUUGAGCGUGCUCGCCCUCGCCCUGGCCAUGCCCGGCCUGGUGCCCGGCCUGGUGCCCGGCGCCCUGGGGAUCGACCUGAGCCGCCUCUACGGCCACCUCCACGCCAAGCGGAACGCCGAGGCGUGCCACCCGUACGAGCCGUUCAAGUGCCCCGGGGACGGCGCCUGCAUCUCCAUCCAGUACCUGUGCGACGGCGCGCCCGACUGCCCGGACGGCUACGACGAGGACUCCAAGCUGUGCACGGCCGCCAAGCGGCCACCAGUGGAGGAGACGGCGAGCUUCCUGCAGUCGCUGCUGGCGAGCCACGGCCCCAACUACCUGGAGAAGCUGUUCGGAAGCAAGGCCCGGGACGCGCUGGGGCCGCUGGGCGGCGUGGAGAAGGUGGCCAUCACGCUCUCGGAAUCGCAGACGAUCGAGGACUUCGGCGCGGCGCUGCACCUGAUGCGGGCGGACCUGGAGCACCUGCGUUCCGUGUUCCUGGCGGUUGAAAACGGCGACCUCGGCAUGCUCAAGAGUCUGGGCAUCAAGGACUCGGAGCUCGGCGACGUCAAGUUCUUCCUGGAGAAGCUCGUCAACACCGGCUUCCUGGACUAGGGCGGACUACACUGAUGACAACGCAUAUGAUUGUAAGGCGAAAUCGUAAAAGUAAAGAUGGUUUCAUUCCCUGUGA